AUGCAUAUUACUACAUCAAGACAUAUUCUUCAAUCUAUAAUUCAAUCACAUAAAUAUUCAACAAUGACAGCAUUGACAAUUCAAAAGGGAAGAUUAAUAUCUACAAUACAUGAAACAGCAAAAUGGGGAGCUAAAGGUGUAUGGGGUCCAGAAUCUACACAAACAGGUGUUUGCCGUUUAUCAUUAAGUGAUCUUGAUAAAAAUGUUCGAGAUUGGUUUGUUAACGAAUUAGAAAGUUUGGGAUGUAAGAUUAAAAUUGAUCAAAUGGGUAAUAUAUUUGGCAUUUAUCCUGGUAAAAACAAUGAUGCACCACCUAUUGGGAUUGGUUCACAUUUAGAUACACAACCUAAUGGUGGACGAUAUGAUGGGAUUUUAGGUGUCUUGCUGGGAUUGGAAGUAUUAAGAACAAUAAAAGAUAAUGGAUAUGUUCCAAAUUAUCCUAUAGCUCUUAUUGAUUGGACAAAUGAAGAAGGUGCUAGAUUUCCGAAAAGUAUGGUUUCUUCUGGUGUUUGGGCAGAACUGAUUGCAUUAGAAGAUGCUUUGAAUUUAGAAUCAAUAGAUAAAAUACCAGUUACAAUGGGUGAUGAAUUGAAAAGAAUUGGAUACGAUGGAAAAGUUAAAGCUUCAUAUUUGGAAAACCCAUUGGCAGCCCAUUUUGAACUUCAUAUUGAACAAGGACCCAUCUUGGAAAAUGAACAGAAGAAAAUUGGUGUGGUUACUGGUGUUCAAGCUUUUGAAUGGAAUUUGGUAACAGUCAGUGGUAGAUCAAGUCAUGCUGGCACGACUCCUAUGAAUACAAGAUCUGAUGCCAUGUUGAUUGCUUCCAGAAUAAUCACUAUGGCUAUUGAAACUGCUACAAAACUUGAUGGCUUGGCAACUAUUGGUACUUUAGAAUUGGAACCGCGUUCAGUUAACGUUAUUCCUCACACAGUCAAGUUCUCUCUUGAUGUAAGACAUGUUAAAGAUGAAGAGUUGUCCAUCAUAAUGAAUGAAAUUAAAUCGAAGGCAGGCGAAAUAGCACAAGAAAAUAUUAAUUCCAAGUUUGCUAAACCAUUGUCGGUGACAUUUGACAAUUUAACCACUUCACCCGCAAUCAAUUUCAAUGAGAAGAAUAUCAGAACCGUCAAAAGUGCCGCUGAAGAAUUGUUUGGCAAAGAUAAAGUUAGAGAGAUUGUAAGUGGGGCAGGUCAUGAUUCUUGUUUCACAAGUGUUAGAGUUCCAACGUCAAUGAUUUUCAUUCCUUCAAAAGAUGGAUUAUCUCAUACUCCAGAGGAAUAUUCCACUCCUGAAGAAGUUGAAAAUGGGUUCAAGGUAUUGUUGAAUACUGUAUUGAAGUAUGACCAAAUGAGAGCUUCCGGUGAAGUAUAG